UUAGUACAAAAUUGUUUGCGUAGAGCUACUUUUUUGUGACGUACUGUUGGGCUGUCAAAGUAGCGUAGCGCAGUGUUUGUAAACAAUUCGUUCUCUGUUGAGCCCAAAGCUUCUAUAAAUAAACGAAAAAAAGUUCUCUGGUGCUGCCGGCACGGAAAACUCACGAAAAGCCGCCUAGCCAUGAGCAAACCGAAAUUAAUUGUGCCAGACAUCCGUAGUACGGCGUACAUUUCGAACCUGCCAUUCGAUUUAACCAACAUUGAUGUGCAUAAACUUUUUUCCAAGCACGGUAAAAUUGUGAAAGUUACAAUACUUCGUGAUAAAGUAACCAGAAAGAGCAAGGGUGUUGCGUUUGUGCUUUUUGCCAGCGCUCAGGAAGCGCUGGAAUGUUGCAACGCGUGCAAUAAUGCGGAAAUGUUUGGGCGGACGUUGAAGGCAAGCAUCGCAAAGGAUAAUGGAAAAUCGGUCGAGCAUGCUCAACGGAAACAGUAUCCGGAUAAGAGCCGCUGCUAUGAGUGUGGCACGGAAGGACACAUGAGCUACAGCUGUCCGAAGAAUGUGCUCGGCAGUAAAACGCCACCACGAAAGGGCGGCCGGGUGAAUGCGAAACGGAAACAUCAACGCGAGGAAGAAUCGUCCGGGUGGGCAAGUGAAUCGGAAAUGGAUGCACUCGGUGUGGGACCGGGUACAGAUACGGGCAGUGUGUGCACCAAAAAGGUGAAGUACAGAAAAAGUGAAUAUUUCAGCGAUGACGAAGAAAUCGAAACCGAAGAUUAACAGGUAUGUUAUGCGGACUUUGUUCUUCCAUAUAACACCAUUGUCUUUGAAUGCUUCACAUAUGUAUCAUUGUGUGAAUACUUGAACUUGGCCUGUGGAUAUUAGGAAGGUGUCAACGAUUUAAUUAGAUUCGAGCCAUCAAACUCAACGUUCACUGAAUGCUUUAAAAUGUGUGGAAAAGUCUUACCGAUCUUAUUGUAUAGUUCAUGUAUAGCUAAGUAAGAGAGCCACCAAGCCACCGUCGAGGCUGUAAACAGCACCAUACAUUAUUAGGAUUUAAAAACAGGUUGGUCGAUAUACCAAAUAAGGUAGAUCGAGUCAGCCAAUCUUCAUUGCGGCCCAUAUUAAACAUUCUGUGUGGCAAAUAGUUCAACAAGCGCAUAGAGAGAUGAAGUUAACGCUAAUUAAUUAUGGCGAAUUGAUCUUUAGAAAUAUUACGCAGAGAUACGAAAUUUAAAUAAGCGGAAAUUUUUAAUCAGCUGUUGUUAUCUUUUUUCUCAAUAAUUUCGUAAUGAUUCCGUAUAAAAUUAAAUUUAUUUGUCUUAUGAAUGAAUACGAUUGGUAGUAAGUAUGUAAAAAAAAGAACAAAUAAUUAAGUAUAGAUUAUUUUCUUUUCAAUUGUGUAAAUAUUAAAAUUACUAUCGCGAUCAAAUCAAAGAAUGAUCAUCGAAACUGUAAA